AUGCGGAGAGGCGCUAGGUUCCGGGGUCUUCUCUCCUCCCUCGGGGUGCCGCCAUCGUCAGCCGAUCGGGGGCCGUGUACACCACUGCGGCCGGAGCAGAUGGGCCGGGGACGACCCCGACCCGCACGUGGACCGGGCAGUGGAUCGCACCGACCACCGGAGUGCCCGGCGCGAGCAGCGGGUUCGCUCGCGGGGAGUUAUUCGUCGGAGAAGAGACCGCUGGGGCGACCGGAAAACCCGAUAAAGAUGGUGGGUUGCCGUGGCUGUCUGGCGGGGGAUGAGAAGCCUGCCUCCUUCCUACUCCACCCCUCCCCACCCCACCGCGCACGCCUUCGCCCCUGUGGCCGCCGUGUCGACCCGCCCGCGGUGCGGAUCAUAGCAUCGAUGGUGUUUGUGUGCGUCGCCUCUCCCCGGCGCGAUCGACCGAAACAACCCCCGCUAUGGGCAGUGCGGGAGCGGACGACGGGGAGGCCGGCCCUGCUGGGGUUGGACCCGCUCCCCAGCGCUCCCCCCUCUGAACGACCCCCCGCCGGAUGGGGAAAACCCCGGCGUCUGCGCCCACACCGUCGAGCGGCUCCCCGAACCGACGAUCGAUACUCCAUCCACGGAGGACGGCCAACCUCAACCCACCAGCCGCUGUGGAGGGUAGUGAGUGAUCCGCACGAGAACCCCCUCGGGACGGGUGGAGCUUGGGAUGCCCGGAGAUGUGUCGCGACCACCGAAAACCGGGCCCGCACACUGCCCGGGAUCGUAGGGCCUACACCCCCCCUUCCCCGGGGAUCUCCCGGGGCGGUGACCGCCACUCCCUACAGGGACUGUUCCUCAAGAAUCGCACCUUUCGUGCCGCACCCCCCCCACCUGAUGGUGGGGGUUAUUACAAACAAAAGCCCGAGCCGGUGGAACAGCCCCGGGCAGAGAGCGCUCUCUGUCCGAGCCGGUGGUCGGUGGUUUCUGCUAUCGACACCGGGGGCGGGGCUGCUCGUCGGCCGGGGAGCGUUCGCCCAGCCGCUGCUCGGGGGAGGACCCCGUCGCCCGGGAAGAGCCGCACGACCCAAGCAGCAAGGUCCACGCACGGUUCGGCCGCCGAGCCCGCCAGCCCGGCCAGGAGCACAGGCCAAGGCCAACCGAUCCCUAUCGGUGUCUCUCCCCUUGGGGCGGGGAGUGGUCCAGAGAAAGCGCCGGCUCACGAGCGUGGUCCCGAUACGCCCCCCGAGCACAAGCCAUCAUGCCCGCCCUCUCCCGCCCUUUCCGCCCCACUCCUCCAGUCCGGUCGCUUCCCACUCCCCGCUCUCCCCCGCCCAUCACCCGAAACCACCCGCUCUGCUGCGUGCCGUCCCGGGCGCCGGGGCCUGCUGGUUGACCCGCCGGCACUGUGAGCGAGAGAGAUUGGUGGGUCGUCGGUUGCCUGCCCUCGCCGUGAUCGGGGACAUGGCUCUUUUCGGUGUAUCGAUAUCGGUAUGGCUUGCAGCAGCCGGGACCAGGCUCACUGUCUUCUCCCCGAUCCAGGGGUGGUACGUGCCGACCGAACCGCCGACCGACCACCACCCAUCGGGGGGCAUAGAAUGUGGGUUGUAG